AUGUCUGGUGCCCCUUCGACCGGCUCUCCGACUUUGCGUCGCACUCCGGUCCCCAAGAACGCGCCGAUGGACGAGAACAUCAAGGUUGGCAAGGAGGAUCCCUCUGGUGCCAAUGACUCGGAUGGACCGCCGUCUCUGAAAAAGUCCGUCAUACCCCUGUCGACGUCUUCUCUGGUCAAUCAGAGCAAUCCUAAGAGGAAGAAGCUCACUCAUGAGUCGUCCGGCACCAUUUCUAAGAGUAUCAAGCUUACUCACGAGUCGUACGGACCUUCUGACACUACCGAAUCCAACCCUGUCGACAAGCUGCUGGCAAAGCUGUCCCAGCAGCCAGCUCCUGCUCAACAAUGCGAUGCUUUCAACCAGCCAUACGUGGAGGACACCAUGUACCGUUCCAACUUGGAGCACAAUUCCUCCAGCAACUCUGUCCCGAUCACCCCUGCUACCGAGGCGCUCGACAGUACUGCACCAACCACUCGACCGGCCAGUGCUGCGAUGAAUGAAGGCGGACUUAGCAGCGGUGAAGUUCUUCGCCUCAAGAUGGAGUUGGCCCAGGCUCAGAGUCGUAUCUCUCGACUUGAUCAGGAACUCGCGCAGACACGCCACACGCGACCUGUGUUGGAUCAACCUAUCAGCAUCUCUCCGGUCAACACUGAGUUCGGUACUGGCGUCCAGCCAGGUAUCCAGCCAGGAUUCCAGCCGGGCAGCCAGCAAGGACUCAAUUCCUGUCGCAUUCCAGGUCUUCACUCGCUCGACACCGGCGCCCAAAUGCCAGUGAAGCGAGAGGGUGCAAACUCUUGGUCGGCGUAUGACGAUUCUCGAUCUGAUACUAGCGAUGCCUUGUCGGCUACCGGCUUCAACCGCUCCCGUAACAUCUGGGGAGGAAAUAAGCAGCACCAGAACUCUUUCAUGCAGAGUGGUGUAAGUGCACCCGAGGUUCCUCAGAAUGCACCGUGGCAUGCACGUGGCGCCAAUCAGGGGUACAUGGACCCGAACGCUUCAUUUGAUACCGCCGGUGCUGGUAACUACCGCACCGAGCGCCUGACCCCUGACUACGACUUGACCGUCAAACCCGCGGCCAACCGGCGAAGCAACCGCUUCGACCAUCGUUUUGGUGCUCCGAGCUUCGGUGGUCAACCCGGUUAUGGAGGUGGACCUAGCUACGGUUCCAGCCAAUAUGAAGCUGGUCCAUCGAUGCAUACUGGACCCUCAAUGCAUACUGGACCGCAAGGUCACAUGGGUCCCGGGAUGUACUCAAACUACCAGCCGUCCCCCAUUGGCACUCCUCUGUCUCCUCUGGCUAGUGAGUUCACGUCAACUUCUGAGGGUGCCCCGUGGAAGAACGAGCCAAUUGCGUCGGAAGGACAGACCUACAUGCCGAACAUCGAGCCUAUGAACUACCGCCGUCUGCUUGAUCGUAAUGUCCACUGCGAUUGGAAGUACAUCGUCGACAAGAUUGUCUGCAACAAUGAUCAACAAGCUUCCAUCUUCCUUCAACAGAAGCUCAAGCUUGGAACCCCGGAUCAGAAGUACGACAUUGUCGAGGCCAUCGUUGCCCAGGCUUAUCCUUUGAUGGUCAAUCGAUUCGGCAACUUCUUGGUCCAGAGAUGCUUUGAGCACGGAACCCCCGAGCAAGUGAUCAAGAUUGCUGAGGCCAUCAGAGGCAGCACGCUCAAUCUGUCCAUGGAUCCCUUCGGAUGUCACGUCGUGCAGAAAGCCUUCGACUCGGUUCCCGAAGAUUACAAGGCGAUCAUGGUCAACGAGCUUCUUCGUCGUAUCCCAGAGACUGUCAUUCAUCGAUAUGCUUGUCAUGUUUGGCAGAAGCUUUUCGAGCUGCGAUGGACGGAGACGCCUCCCCAGAUCAUGAUGUAUGUCAAUGAUGCCCUGCAAGGUAUGUGGCAUGAGGUCGCUCUUGGAGAGACUGGAAGCCUUGUCGUCCAGAAUAUCUUUGAGAACUGUCUCGAGGAGGACAAGCGACCUUGCAUCGAAGAAGUCCUCAACAAUAUUGACAUCGUUGCUCAUGGCCAGUUCGGAAAUUGGUGCAUACAGCAUAUCUGCGAACACGGUGCACCAGCCGACCGAAGCCGAGCCAUUGACCAUGUCAUUCGCUACGCGGCCGAGUACAGCAUGGAUCAGUAUGCCUCCAAGGUAGUUGAGAAGUGCCUGAAGAUCGGAGGACCUGAUUUCUUGUCCCGAUACCUUGACCGAGUCUGCGAAGGUCGACUGGAGCGUCCCCGGAUCCCACUCAUUGACAUUGCCAGCGACCAGUACGGCAAUUACCUGAUCCAGUGGAUUCUGACGCAUGCUAGUCCGCAGCACCGAGAGGUCGUUGCCGCCCACAUCCGCAAGCACAUGGUUUCCCUCCGUGGAUCCAAGUUUGGAUCUCGUGUUGGCAUGUUGUGCACCAACCCGGCUGUUGCUACUCGACCCGGACCUGGUAUUGGCGGUGGCCUCGGCCGCAUGCCUGCUGGACCUCGCUAUGGCCGUGCUUACCAAUGA